AUGGAACCCACCCUCAACGGUGAAUUACAACGUCUAAGAAGCGACGUCGAGAGACUCUCCCUCGAGGCUCAGCGAAAGGAACGUGAAGUGGCUCUGUUGACGGGUGUUAUAUGCCGGCUAGAAACAGAACUAGUUCGGAAUUCCAACACGACACCUGCACAAGCAACCAUCGGCGGUGCCAACUUGCGCGACUUACUCCAACUCUCACCGCCGGAUCUAUUGGAUCUGGAUGAUGACAUUCGGUUGAUGAGGAGGAAGGUGCUAGAUAGAGCCCCCACGGGUUAUGCUGAGGACGUGCAGGAGUAUCUGACAAAGGCUAUGAAGGAGGCUAUGAUCAGGAGGGGAGUUAGGUAUGAUGAUGGCGCGAAUUGCGAUUGGAAGGGUCCAUGGUUGAAGGUCUAUCAGAAGCGGGAUUUGGAGGAUGAUGCUAGGUUAUUGGGGUUGAGGGAUAGUAGGAGGGGCGUACCGAGUAGGACUAUCUCACUAGCAGAACCCGUUCUCUCGCACGCAUCCUUCUCUAACGCAAUGGCUUACACAACCUCCACCAAAAACACUCACUUCGCUAUCUUCCCAUCCGCUCCUGCUUCUACCAACGUAUUUGCCCUCUUUGGUCAUGCGCAGUCACCCCGUGAUAACCACAUCAUGUGUGAAGACCUUCGAAAGGUCUUCGGUUCCACCAUUACUAUCCAGAAAAAGGAGAGCUCUGGCUCCGGCUCCUUUAGAGGCUUGAAGAAGAUACUGAGUGCCAUAUAAAUUUAAUCGGCCCAUCAAUGCGGCAUUUUCCUGUCCGCCGGUCCACAUAGGAUCCGGACAUAGAGACACAAACCUCCUUGAUAUCGGCGCACCGGGAAACACCAGUUCCGCCCUCUGCUCACUACCAUCCAAUCGGUAGCACAUUAUAAUCGCAACCGGGUGGAGAUUAUAUCGGAGACGAACAAAAUCUCGCUCUCGUACUGAGCGCUACCGCUGUAUCAAUGAGCAAUACUAGCACCCACUGGGGCAAUGAUUUCGGGGCGUAGGGGGGAUAAGAUAAUCAGGAUGAACGCGCGUCCCUUAGUAUAUGAUAUAGUAUACCUAUACAGGAAACCAUUUUUUCAUUUC